AUGGCGGCGUCAGGCACCGCAGCCCCCCGUUGCCUUGUCCAGUAUGUUGUAGUCCGUUCGGAUCUGGUCCAUACGUUGUCCUGGCCAUUGGGAGCGGUUAUAUCGCAAGCCUGCCAUGCUGCCACCGCCGCCAUUCAUCUUAACUACAACGAUCCAGACACGCAGGAGUACUUGGCAGAAUUGGACAGCAUGCACAAAGUGGUGCUUCAGGCUCUGGACCAGGCCUCCCUGUCCAGCCUGUCUGAGACGCUGACAGAGAAGGGGGUUGCUCACAAGCUGUGGAUCGAACAGCCAGAGAACGUCCCCACCUGCCUGGCCCUGAAGCCUUACCCUAAAGACACUGUACAUCCUCUGCUGCGCAAGUUUAAACUGUUCAAAUGA